GGUUUCAUUGAUAUGUGUAGGUACAUUCGCAGUAAUAAUUUGCAGAUCUGUUUCUUACAAUAUAUUCAGUGGCGGUUUCUGGCAUCAGCAUUAUGUGCGGUCGCACAGGGCAACAUUGCUUGGAGAUAUUGCUACAUGUCAUGGAUUGUCAUGGCAUGACAUGUCAAUCACUGGACUUUGUAUGGGGACUUUGCACUGCCGCAUGAACGCGCCUACUAUAGAAGAGAUACAAGUCUAAACAAGGAGGAAAGUGGAAAAACUAAACAUAAAAAAACAUCAUACUAGUUUAAGUUGAAAUCAUUAUUUUCAUAAAUAUAUUAUUUUCCUUGGUGCCUACAGUGAACCAUGUCCUCCUGUGGAGUAAAAUCAAGAGGAAAGAACCCCUACAUGGCGGUUCAAGUGGACCCAGACAGUGAUUACAUCACACCAGGUACUCUAGACCUGGAGCAGCUUUUCUGGACUGGCAGCAGCGUUCAAUAUGCACACUUCAACCAAGUCUGGCCCAAUGUCUUCAUCGGGGAUGAGAAGACGGCUCUGGAGCGACCUGGUCUGAAGGAGCUGGGUAUCACGCAUGUGUUGAAUGCUGCAGAGGGGAUGUACAACAAUGUGCUGACUGGUGUAGAAUACUACACAGACAUGGGCAUCCAGUAUUUUGGGGUGGAGGCCGACGACAAACCCACGUUCAACAUCUCGCAGUUCUUCUACCCGGCGACACGGUUCAUCAGUGAGGCCCUGGGACAACCACAGAACAAGGUGUUGGUGCACUGCGUGAUGGGUCGCAGCAGGUCAGCGUCACUGGUCUUGGCCUACCUGAUGAUGGAGCAAGGCUUAACAGUGGUGGACGCCAUUGAGCAUGUGCGACACCGCCGUUGCGUCCUGCCCAACCAUGGUUUCCUGAAACAGCUCAGAGCUCUGGACAUCACGCUGCAAGAGGACAAGCUAAGACUAAAGCGACAAAAGACGCAAGAUCAACAUUCGUGAUUGGGAUCACAUUUUAAAAGGGGGUUGGAGUCCACUGGGUUUCAUAUCUCAUUUUUGUCUCGGCAACCUGCUUUCUUGUAGCAGUGAACGUGUUGAGCAAAUGUGCAAGUGAUGGGUGGAUGUUGUUUAGAGUACAUCAGGGGAGAUGCAGUAACUUCAGAAAAAGGAAGAAUCAUUUCUAAAUUUGCGACUACUUCUGACAGACAAGCACAGUCUGUAUUGUUAACUUUAGAAAGUAGUAGAAAAUAAAAGGAAUAAAACACAUGUUUUAACACAAGCUGAUGUUAUAAGGGCCACCAUACAGGAGACUAAGACUAAAAUAUGAGUCCUGUGGAACAAUUGACUUUUAUUAAUCCAUCAUGAAACGUCUUAAAUGCAUCUCAUUUACCUUUGUAAAGGGUUUAAAUGUUUAAAUCGGCAAUGCAAUGUUGAAAAAUUGAAUAAUAAGAGGGAAAAAAAAAUCCAACACUCGCGAUUUUUGUUUUGUUUUCAUUGUAUUUGUCCAGGCUAGACAAAGUCUGGCAACAACCAGACAAAAGGGUCACUUGAGGCCUCUUGUUUGAGCACAUAUUGCGGAAAAGAAUGGAACGGGAUUGUACAUCCAAGAUUUUAAAACAAUUACAAUAAAAGGAAGAAAAUACCAUUGUGCAUCAUCAAAAAUUGUCACGUGUAUUCAAGUAUUGAUUGAUCCAAAUCAAAGAGAAAGAGAUGAAUAUCAAAUCUUAUCCCAAUGUGAUAAACGUGUAUUUAUGUCGAAUUAAACAAAGCCAAGUCUUGAGGUACUUGGAAAAUGGGUAAAAAAAAAAAAUUAAAUACACAA